AUGCUACAGCAUAAUCUAUUUUCGAAUGGGCAUUUUCUCUUAAAAAGCAAAUCACACUAUCGAAUAUCGUCUGUUCUUCGUCGUUUAGCUUCAUAUGAUCAACAUGAAUCACCAACGCUUCCUCAUCUGACGCACGCAAAUCCAAUAUUAACAUUAACAGAUAGAAUUCCAUCAGCAUGUCAAAUUGUUAUUGCUGGUGGUGGAAUCAUUGGACAGUCGGUUGCUUAUCAUUUGAGUGAAUACGGUGCUAAAGAUAUUGUUUUAGUCGAAAAAGCAAAAUUAGCUUCGGGUUCAACAUGGCAAAGUGCAGGACAAGGCAUGCACAUACAAAAUACAUUGAUUCAAACAUAUUUUACUAAGUAUUCAAGAGAAUUAUAUAAAAAGUUACGUGAUCAAGGACAGGAUGUUGGCAAGUUUUUAAUAGAGAAUUCGGGUGGUCUAUGGAUAGCACAAACAGCCGAUCGUUUACAUACAUUAAAACGGCAAUAUGCGAUCAUAAAAGCAUUAGGGAUUGAUUGCGAAAUAUUAAAUAUUGAUAGAAUAAAAGAGAGACUACCAUUUAUUAAUUCACAUGAGAUUUGGGGUGGUCUUUUAAUUAAAGAUGAUUUUAUGGUUGAUCCUGUACCACUUGCUUUGACAUUUGCCAAAUUAGCAAUAGAUAAAGGUGUUAAAAUAAUUGAAGAUUGUGCUGUUACUGAAAUUUUAACUGAAAAACAGCGUGCUGGGCAAUAUGAUCGAAUAACAAGUGUUGUCACAUCACAAGGACCUAUUAAAUGUGAUAUAUUUAUCAACUGCACCGGAUUGUGGGCUCGCGAACUUGGAUAUCGAUCUUCGCCAGGAGUACGUAUUCCUACGCAAGCAUGUGAAUACAUCUGUUUAAAAACAAAACCAAUAGCAAAUUUUCCGAAACGAAUGCCUAUUGUGCAUAAUCCGGAUGAACGUUUUUAUAUACAACCGUUAGUUAAUGACUCCGUAUUAGUCGGUGGCUUUAUACGCGAAUCGAAACCUAUUUUUUUAAAUGGUGUACCUGAAAAUUAUAAUUAUUCGCUUUUACCUGACAAUUGGGAUGAUUUUCAUUGGAUAUUAAACAAUGCUAUCAAACGAUUUCCUUUACUUGGAGAAAGUGAAUAUGAAUCUUUAAUAACAGGCGCUGACAGUUAUACCCCCGAUGGUCGACUAAUAAUGAAUGAAUCUGCUGAAAUUGACAAUUAUUUCGUCGCAUCAGGUACUAAUGGAAGUGGCAUAGCAGUUGCAGGUGGAGUGGGAAAAUAUAUUGCAGAAUUAAUACAAACCGGUAACACAGAUUUCAGUACGUGGUCUGUUGAUAUACGUCGUUUUAUGCGUUUACAUACAAAUAAACGAUUUUUAAAGGAUCGUCUUCGUGAAAUUCCUGGACAACAGUAUUCUUUGAAGUAUCCGACAUAUGGCAUGUCAUUAUAUCGAACAGGACGAAAAUUGCGUGUCUCAGCAUUGCAUCCAAAAUUACAAGCGGCUGGUGCUGUUUUCGGUGAAGUACUUGGAUAUGAACGCCCAUUAUUUUUCAAUCUAGAUGAAUUUGAAAAAAGAGAAAAUAUUGAAGAUCUCAGUAAAGAAGGCACAUUUGGUAAAGCACGGUGGUUUAAUAUUGUAAAACGAGAAUAUAAUGCAUGUCGAAAAGGUGUCGCUAUUAUUGACAUGACAUCAUUUACAAAAUAUGAACUUAAAUCAGCUAAUCGAAGUGUUGUGGAUUUUCUUCAAAUGCUUUGUGGAAAUAAUAUUGAUAAGCCCAUCGGUAGUGUUAUUCAUACGGGUAUGUUAAAUGAACAAGGUGGCUAUGAAAAUGAUUGUUCUCUUAUACGUCUUGAUCAGUAUCAUUUUCUUCUCGUAAGUCCAACAUCGCAAUCGACUAGAAGUAUGAAAUGGUUGAAAUCUCAUGUGCCAGAAGAUGGAUCUGUUUUUCUAUCGGAUGUAACAUCACUUUAUACAGCAUUGAAUGUCAUAGGGCCAAAAGCAAAAUAUUUAUUAGCCGAAUUAAGUGACGAGAAUUUUAAUGAUUUUGCAAGGAUGACUUGUCGAGAGAUUGAUGUUGGUUUUGUCAGUCAUAUUCAUGCGAUGAGAUUGACACAUACCGGUGAAGAUGGCUUUAUGCUUUAUAUUCCGUCAGAAUAUGCUCUAUGCGUUUACGAACAAUUGAUGGAACGAGGAAAAGAUUAUGGAAUUAUUAAUGCUGGCUAUUUUGCUCAGCGUACUCUUCGAAUCGAACGAAUGUAUGCAUUUUGGGGCCAAGACAUAGACAAGAAAACAACACCAUUUGAUUUGAAUCGAGAGUUUCGUGUUUCAUUUGAUAAAGAAUUUAUUGGUAAGGAAGCUCUUUUGAAACAGAAAAAAGAAGGAAUACAAAAGAGAUUUGUGCAAUUUCUUCUCGAUGAUCAUGAUAAAGAUGUUGAUCCAUGGCCGUGGAGUGGUGAACCUAUUUAUCGCAAUGAUGAAUUUUGUGGGUUUGUUACAUCUACUGCAUAUGGUUUUACACUUGGAAAACAAGUAUGUUUGGGAUACGUUCAUGCACCAAACGAUCAAAAAAUCACAACAAAUUAUAUACGUCAAGCAACCUACGAAAUUGACAUUGGCACCAAACGUUUUAAAGCGCGCCCUAAUUUAUAUCAACCGUCUGAAAUGGGCCCAACAGUUCAACUUAGUACACCAUAG